AGCUUGGCUCAAGAUGCAACUGAAUCUCCAUAAGUGCAACGGACUGUCCCAACGGACACUGUGGGAUGCAGAUUGCAUUCAUCUUUCUUCUUUGCCAAGCUGCAGCAGGAGAGGACCCACGCUACGCACGUGUGCAUGUGGAUGACAUCCUGGCCGUUUCCAUACUUCAAGUACAUGUGCAGCUGGAGCAAACCAACUCCUCUUGGCCGACGUCUGCCGGGCUGGCGCAGUAUGAACACCUGACCAGGCAUGUUGCGUCCGAAGUUUCCGACAUUGGUGUUGAACGACCGGACAAGAAAAGAGAAUCCUCAGUCUUACCAACGAGUGCUCUUUCCAGCAAGGCCAUUGUCAGCGCAACUCUGGUUGCGCUGGUCGUCGCGGCUUUGUUGUUGCUGUCGCGGGGCUUGCCGCCGAAGCAGCCCAGGCAAAUCCACCACACGCUGCCCAGAGGUGUUUUUAGCCUUCUGGUGACGAUAUAUGGUUUUGUGUAUGUCAGUACUGAAAUAUUUGUCCCAAGCCUGCCAACCAUGCAGCUUGACCUGGGCGGCGCCCAGUCAUUGAUGAGCGGCGCCGUUCAGAUCAACUUGCUCAUGAAGGCGGUUGGAUGUCUCAUCAUUGCGCCGAUCUCCGAUCGUGUAGGGCGCCGGCCCUGUGUCCUGGGCUGCCUACUUUUGGCUUUGCUGACAUCGGUGUCCUGCAUGCUGACCACAGAGAUGACUUGGUUCUUUUUGGCGCGCGCCCUGCAGGGGCUGAGUGAAGCAGUGGAGUGCCUGAGUUUCGCAAUCAUCAGAGACUGGUGCGAUGAUGCUGACGAGCGUUACCAAGUUUACUCCGCAUUUUGGAUUACUUGCAUCUUCUUUAACAUGGCAGGGCCUUUACUCGGGGGCGUUGUUGCAAUGUCUUUGAGCUGGAGAGUCGACUUCCUGGUUUUGGUGCUUGGUUGGGGCUGCCUGCUGGUCUUGGCCUAUAUGAUGUUACCUGAAAGUGCUCCAGACCAUUGCGGCCACCCCUUCCUGGAAGAUUUGGCAGUCGUCACUUCCGAUUGGCGUCAGAACUGCCUCAUUGUCUCCACAGGGCUGUUUUAUUCCUGUUACUUCAGCUUCUUAUCCAACGUGAGCUUUGUCCUGGAAAUCUACCACCAGCGCCUGCCUGCCACUUGCUGUGCGAUCGCGGGGGUCAUGAUCUGCAUGUUCGCGGCGUGCCAGCUGCAGAAUUACAUUCUGGACGGCACUGUGGCGGAUGUCGCGCGGCUCGGCGUUCUUUGCACGCUGCCUUCUGCAGUGGCGGACUUGGUGUUUUCCGGGCUUGAUGUCAGGCCGGCCAUGGAAAAGCCGUUGAACAUGCUGGGCUGGGACCGGCAUGGGGUCCAUUUGCUGACCUCGAAGGGUCGCUGUGCAUAUCCGCGAUUCCGUGAUUGAGAUCAGCGAUCCGAUUCUUCAAGUGGAAGUCUACAGGUGGGCCCCAAAUCACAAGGUCUAUCCAUCCAGCACUAGAUCGAACCCCCUCCCCUACUAACCCAUUCAGUGGCAACAGAGUCUCCAGGUUGGAGCCCGACAACAAACAUGGAUUCCUGGAUGUUUUAAGACAAUUCCCUGGGAGGUGAAAGUUAUCAGGUUUCAUGUGAAGUUGAAGGGAGGCCCUGCAAAGGUGAUCACGGGACGUUUGAGCAGUGCACUUUUUUUGCAUUGAGUUUGAGGCCGUUUCCCGUGGGAGGCUGUUUGACUGGGGGAAGCAUGUGUCGCAGGCGCAGAUUCGAAAGAGCAUGGGCAACCGGAUAUGUUUUGCCUUUGCACAAAUCGUAUCGGAGGUGGACCUAAACAAAUGUGCCUCAAAGCCGCGUACGAUUUGCCUGAGGCGGGCAGCUCGCCCUGAGGAGCAAAGAGAACAUGUUGAGUGGCUUCUUAGUUGCCACCGACGCUCGCACCGCUGUAGACAUGAACAACCUGCCCUCGUGCUUCGCGCUGUCAAAAAAGUGGUGGACAAUCUUGAGCCGCAAGUUAGAGGGCUAGGGCAAUACUGAUGCAGAAUGCUGCAGACAACAGAAAGCAGCACCGUCUUGGGUCACGGGUCUGUGCUGUCCCCCGCCAGCUUGGGAAAGAAGACCCAGCAUGAAACGUGGCGCGGCCAGCAGCCUGUGCCCUGGAGGAUGUCAGAUCUUCGGGGGUUCGUGGGAGCGGCUUGAACCCCGGAGCGUCGGUGCGGCUUUCGCCCCAUCGCCCCAUCAGCUUGAAGGGCGAGUGUCACGACGGCGUUCGCAUGGGCGGCGGCAGGAAGCAAGGCGAGCUCUUCGCUUCCUGCCACAGGACUUCGCUCCAAAGCGCUCGCUGGCCGUCGGCAUGAGCUCGCUGAACUCGCCGCCUUGGUGUCCAUGGCUGCGGAAGGCGACCGAGGUGGAGUGUUCGGGGCGAGCCAACUGGUGCGUUGAGCUCCUGAAGCAAAGCGCGCGCUUGGCUGGUCGUCUUGCUGUAACGUCUUUGUUCCCGCGACGCAUCCCGCAAGUUUUCGCUUCGAAGUUUGAGCUUCAAUCUGGGCGCAACACAGGCAAACACGUGACGUGCCCAUUCCUCCCCCCCGUCUCCCUCCCCAAACCAUGACCCAUUCUAGACUCGGAAGAAACA